GUUCUGACUUGGGGACUUUUUUAGUGAAUUGGUGUCCAAGAAUACUAAGCAAUAGGAAUAGCUGGGUUGUAAUAAGAGAGAAUUAUCACAAUGAAUAUCACUUAAAAUUUGUGGUGUCAUCAUUGAUGUUUUUUUAUGAUUUAUAUUUGGUAAUCGAAAAUACAUGUCCUGCACCUCGUAAGUCAUGUAACUUGACAAAAGUGAGACGAGAUUCCUGAACCCAUGGUGAGAUUUUGUCUGAAAACAAAAUUACUUUGGUCUAUUAAGACGUGUUUAACUACAUUAUAAACAAUGAAUAUGUAGACCAGAAAAACGUUUACACCAGACAAAUGGACAUACCAUCAGUUCAUAGAGUCAUCAACCGUUGAUUAAAACUAGGUCGAUAGAGAUAAAUCACAUGGUUCGAAGUCCAUUCACACUGACCCACAUCCAUUCAUUCUGACUUGACAUCUUUAAUUCCAUUUGAUAGAAUGAUCAGGUCGGACUACACUUCCAAUGCAUGAAGAUUCAAUGAAAUUCAUUAGUGACCGUUCAGAAGAACGACGAAAGCUCCAUGACCAAACCAUACACAUUGUGGUCUAGCUUCAAUUGAUUCAUGAUUUCAAUCUGUGAAAUUUCUAAAAUCUCCACAAACCCCUUCUGAUAAUAAUCAUCUGCUCACUAGUGACUGACUUCAAGAGAUACUCCUGCAGUUCUAGUGAGAAGCCGUUACCAGUGGAGUCCAACCAGGUCUGUUGUGAGAUAUCAACUCACUGAAGACAAUGGUAUACGGUGGCGUAACUUCGUGGAUUGGUUGAAGUUAGACAUUAACACCGUUGGAUGCCGGCUCAGUAGUCUAGUUGGUUAGGCGCUUGGUGUGAAACUGAUAGGACCUGGGUUUGAAUCUCGUGUGGUGCGGGAUCGUGAAUGCGCACUGCUGAGGAGUCUCAUACUAGGGUGAAACGGCUGUCCAGUGCUUCCAAGCUUUCCAUGGUAUUCUAGGUUUAUAUAUAUAAAUAGAAAGUCAACUAGACAAAAGGAGCGUAAGAGGAAACAAAGAUAUUAAGCAAAAAUAAUUAACUAAUAUUACCAAGGUAGAUUUAAGGUGAGAACAAACUGUUUUAAGCAUUCACCUUUUAACUUUCUAUGCAACUUCACAAAUCCGUGUUAAGAUCAAUCUAAUGACCUGCUUCAACUAUAUAUUUUGCAACAGAGGAUAAUGAAUGUUUAUCAUCUACUCUUAUUGUUUCAUUUGAUUUAAUUUGAUUUAGGUGUCCUUUCAAGCCAGACGUAGUUAGUGAAGACGGUAAGCCCUUCUGGAGAAAAGGCAUGCAUAGAAGCACGGCACCACUACCGUAGUUCAAUAGCUGUUUUUGCAGGCUGCUUUGAAGACCAUAUAACAUAAAGAACAGUACUACGCAAAUAUUUUAGUAAGAAUGAGUAAAGAGAAGAUAGCGAGACCACCAUCACAUAGGCCAGUCCAUAGCAUACGAUUAACUGAUGCGCGUUGGCUGUCCUUGACUUUGAAAGAGAUCGUUGAUCUGUUCGAUAUUAAUUCGCCCAACUGCCGGAUGAUUUGGCUAGGGCUUAGUGACAUUAUAUUGACCCUACAGGUUUUCAUGUACUGCAUUCUACAGGUUUAGAUUCUUUUGUAGUAUUUCCAGUGCAAGGUUAGAGAGUGUUAUGCUUUUAUACAGUAGGAUAGUCGUGUAGUGUGGCGUCGAGUCACGGUUGAUUAUGAUCACCACUACAAGAAGAUUGUGUACCAGAACAGGCUAAACCUCAGAGUAAACCAGAAAUCAGAAGGCGAUUGAAGGUUGUAGCAAGAUAUAUUUGUUGGCGAUUUCGUGGUAUCGAAAGAAUACCGAGAUCGUGCAAAAGGAGUACAAGUGGAACUACUGAGCGAACUACAGUUAAACAAACAAGUACAAUAAAACAAUCCCUGGUACAAUUGGUUAUGAUAGUAAUUGUUUCCAUUAAACCAAUCGCGUUCUGUUGUUAAAAGUGGGUCACUACAGUUCAUUUAAGACUGCUUCUAAUCUACUUCCGUCGCUUUUUCUUAGGACUGUGGACUCAAGCCCAGGCGUUCCAUCAAUUCUUAUGAUUGGUCCAAGGUAGUUGAAUGUCGUUACCUCCUCAAAUUUUUCAUUGUCAUCGGUUAUUUCGAGAUUAUUACUUUGUAUAUUGAUCACAUUUACUUUGGUUUUGUUGUAGGAAAGUUGCAUUCCAAUUUUAGUCAGGUGAUUUCAGAGAGAAGUAAAGGCUUUGAUGCUUUCAUCAGCCGUUGUUGUAAUGAGACAGGUCAUCAGCAUACUCAAUAUACUACAAUGUCGAAAUUGUGUUAUUGUUAUCAGAUGGUUUAACGCCAGUUGUUAUUUGAUCUAUUGUGUAACUGAGAGUUUCUUGAAAGGCAAAACUGAAGAGUGGUAGUGUGUCUAGAAUCAAUCUCUUCGGUUAGGAGUCAAAAGCUUUGGUAAAAUCAAUGAACGUUAAUAUUAGUUCUUGGUUGAUGUUCAAAGCACACUGUACAAUAUGUCUUGUCAUUGUAAUCAUAUAUAUGGUCGAUAGAUGCCUUCGAAAUCUGAGUUUGGCUGGUGGAAGAUUUAUUUUGGUUAAUUGUUUCAGUCUUUCACAAAUCAUUCCAGUAAAUUCACUUGUUAUUGUUAGGCUUGUAUCUUCCCAUUGAGGUUUAAGACUGCAAUUAAUCAGUCUGUUAUUGGCAUAUGUGCAUACUGUGCGUAUGCUUCGAUAUUGCCUUAAUUCACAAGCUUUUUGUAAGCAUUGAUGGAUAGUGGCUAGCAGUGGAAUCGAGGACGCGCGUUUCGUCCUAUUUGGGACUCGUCAGCUGGAUGUACCUGCAUCUCAGAGUUGAUGUCCACUGCAUACAGAAAUUCCAGUAAAUAUUUUUCUUAUCGUGUCAAGUAGGAAUAUACCUUGAUAUUUACUGGGAACACUGCAUAGUCCUUUGAUUUUAUAGAUGCUGAUGAUGCCUUCAGGGCCGCAAUUUCAUUUGAGUUUUGCCAUACAUUAUUAAUUAGUUGUAGUAGCAUUGUUUCAGCUUUAUUCAAUCUAGCUUAAUCAUUUCUGUAGUUAUGCCAUUAUAACCUGGGGAUUUAUGGUUUUUGAUUUGAUGUAUGGAAUGCUCUAGUCCUCUCAAGGUUAGUAGGGGUUCAGCUGUUUGCCUUGGUUGACCGGGAUUUUCGAUAGGAGUAGAUAUUUGGUAGUUGAGCAGUAUUUGAUAGUCUUAUAAAAGUACUACUUCAUUUUAUAACUGUUAUAUGACUGGUUCCGUAUGGUGGUCAGUAUUUAUUUGAGUAGCUUAUAUGAUUGAUGUUUUUCAUGUCUUGAAAGAGUGUUUAGUUCAUCCAUUUCGUCCAGAAUAUAGGUUUUUUUCGCUUCUCCUGUCCUUUUGUAAACAUUCUUGCAAGUUUUUUCGUUGUUUAGCUCACUCUCUUCGGCUGCCUUGUUUAACCAUUCCUUUUUUAUUAUAUUACAGCUUUCAACCGGUUAUCUACUAUCUCUUGCUAGAGUUUAGAGAUUGACUUAACUGAAGAAGUAGUUCCAUUUGCAGCUUGGAUGAGGACAUUCUCUAUAUGUUGUAGAUUCUUAGUUUUAUCUAGAAGUUGUACUAGCUUGACUGUGUGUGUUUUAGUUGAUGGAUAAAUUGGUGUUUUUGCUGUUUGGCGACUAGUCUUAAGUUUACGAUAUCUAUUAUUUGGGGUUUUACCUGACCUAAUCACUGUUGUCUGAAUUAGCUUCAGUGGAUUGACAAGCAUGUAUGUCACAUACGACGUUUGACUUAAAUUCAGCUGUUGUGAGGUCUAUCAUUUGACUUGUAUUUACGCCCGGGUGGACCCACGUAUGUCUCUUUAUCUUAGGUUUGUUGAUGGUGUUCAUUAUUUUUAAGCUUGUCUUAUCACAGACGUUUGUCAGCCUGAGGUUAAUAACUGACUAAAGCUUAUGUAAAAAAAUACUGUUUGACACAUCACUGAACGGUAAGUCGAUGUAGAGGGGUAAUAAUUUUGUGCCAAAGAUGUAGUAGCUCUCAAUAUAUUAUCAACUUUCCAUCGAUUUAUGAAUAUAGGAGAAUAACCAAUGUCCUGUCUGUCAGUCAUCGAACGACUGAAAAAUAUUGUGACUAAUACUAUUUUCCAAUUCACAAUAUCCUUCUCAAAAUAUAAUAAUGAACUAUGUAACUAAUGGUAAUAACCGAUUGAAAUGAAAUACGAUUAACGACAAUGUUCCACAAACCAUAAUUCUUCUAAUUACUAUCUAACAAUCAUUAUUUCUUUUCUAAUUUCUCACGAACAAGUGAUCUUGAUGGAGUUUUCUUCUCUGAGAUGGAUCGUUUGGUCGUGGAGAUUUCAUCCUUCUUCCCAACGAUAUUAUCUUCACCAUCUCAACAAGUGAUGUACUAGACACUUAGAACUAAAUUGUAAAUUGGUGGACAGUCACGUUUCAAUAAUAGAAAGACGACUUUGGUGUCAAGUGAUUGUAGUUUAACAAUCAGAUAUAUUUUCUCUAAUUAACAUUUAUCAUCCCUGGAUUGUGAAAUAGUCUUGAAAGGUGCAGUGCUGGGAUUACUGCAGCUCAGCGUCUAAACUUUGUAUAACAGAUUUUUGAAAUCCCAUUUAUCCUUGUUAGUUUUUUACGAAAACCAUUAAUAUAACUUUUAAUCAAGUCGAUGAUAUUGGUAUAUCUGAUGAACAUGUGAACUUGACAGAUAUUUAUAACCGAUUGAUCUCAUUGAUAAAACUCUGAUAAUCAUUAAUGCGCUGAGUGUAACAUUAGUUACUAUGAUCAAGAAACAAGAAGAGUUAAUAAAUUAAGACGAAAUGUACAACCUCAAGAUAUAUAUGUAUUGACUAUACGAUUAACUGAGAUAUUACACUAUGGAUACAACCAUUUGAUAAGUAAUGUACAAGUCAAAUUAAUAUAAGACGAUCCAAUGCAUAUCAUUUCCCAAAGAAAUCUUAAACAAAAAGAAGAUCAAAAGGGGUUUUGUGGAGAUUUUAGAAAUUUCACUGAUUAAAGUCAUGAGUCAGUUGGAGCUAAACCACCAUGGAGAACCUUGAAGAACUGGACGGCCGUUUCGUCUUCGCAUGGGACUCCUCAACAGUGCGCAUCCACGAUCCCACACCCCGCGAGAUUCGAACCCAGGACCUAUCAGUCUAGUUCGUCUAGUUGUUUAAGCGCCUGGUGCGAGACUGGAUGCGCACUGCUGAGGAGUCCCAUACGAGGACGAAACGGCCGUCCAGUGCCUCCAGGUUUUCCAUGGUGGUCUAGCUUCAAUUGACUCAUGAUUUCAAUCAGUGAAAAAAAGAUCGACAAUUUCCACUUCAAUAAGACGUUUUCAUGAAAUUUCUUUGAAUUAUACUUAGAUUUGAAAAAGCUAUUUUAGGGAAAACUAUUAAGAAUGGAGAGAUAACAGAAAAUUAACACUAGAGUUGAAUAUACUAUUGACAACUACUAUAACGUAUAUGAAAACACAAGUGUUUUACUUUUUGAUUAAGAUCAUGAACUGAAUGAUGUUUGACUAACAUUGAAAAUCUGUGAGCACUGGACAACCGUUUUGUCCUAGUAUGGGACUCCUCAGCAAUACGCAUCCACAUUAACAUCAUUGGGUACCGGCUCAAUGGUUUAGAGCUUAGGAGUUCGUGAGCGAGACCGAAGGUUCUGGAUUCGAAUUCCGCGAGCGGGAUCGUGGAUGCGCACUGCUGAGGAGACCAACAAUAGGACGAAAUGGCUGUUCAGUGCUUCCAGGUUGUCGAUGGUGGUCUAAUACCAAUCGGUUCAUGAUCUCAAUCAAACACAUAAUAAUCUCUACAACCUCAUACUGACAAGUGUUUUACAUUAGACUAGUAUGUUUACUUUAACAGUAAGAUAAAAUUGAGUAAAAUUUAGAAGAUAUAACAUUGCUUGCUUACUGACUUAUUUAUUUACGCCUGUUAACCCUCAUGGAGGAGCAUAGACCGCCCACCAACACUGUUAGCCAUCAAAAUAUACCACGCUUACACUAAUUUACUAACCUUUAUUGAUUUCUUUACUAAUUUUGCACAGAUAACAUACACUUGAAUUUGAUUGGUUAUUCAUUUAUGAGUCAUUCAAAAUUGACCAAUCAAAUAUUAAUUUAUUUUAAGAAAUCAUUAUCCAAUUAAAUUUAGACAAAAAUGAAUAUUUAACACUUGGUCAUCAUAGAUUUUCUGAGGUUUCAAAUUAGUUCGUUAAUUUUGUUUAUGAUGAACAUUUUCGAAUGGUUAUCAAAAGGAUUGUUACCACCGAAACCAGAUCCUAGACUGGAUACAUUUCCUUUAAUGUCUUCAUGGACUCCUACAGCUUUAAUUACAUUAACUUAUGUUAUUGGAGUAUAUGCAUGGAAAGCUGAAUGUUUGAAAAGACAUAAAAAUCAACUUAAAAACAAAGAGGAGUUUAAUUCUAUGAUGAAAAAUACUAAAACAUCAUCGAAUAACAUGAUUAAACAACUUAUGAUUCUAUAUAAUGUGAUAAUGGUUAUCUACUCUGCUGUUAUCUCAUUCAGCACUAUGUGGGCUGUAUAUAAUUUGGGUUAUGGAUUAGGUUGUGCAGAACUACCAGAUCCUAAUGAUAAAAGAACUGAUAUACUUAAUUGUUAGAUACUGUUUUUUUCUUAUGGCGAGGUAAAGUUGAUCAAGUCACAUUUCUACAUGUAUUUCAUCAUGCAACUAUGCCACCAUCAAUUUGGUGGGGAGUAAAAUAUGCACCGGGUAAGUUCAACAAUCAUCGUUUUCUUUAAAUUAAUUUACAUUCAUAAUUAAACGUUGGAAAGUAUUUACUUGUCUAUAUAGAUAGUUAAUAUUGACUAGACCUAAGUGAGUAUAGAUUAUGAGAUCUAGUGACUUAUUUAUUUAUUUGUUUGAACACAUCAAUAUUUGUACAAACGGGCACCGAAUACAUAUGUGUCACACAAGUCACUUAAUAUGUUUGCGGGCUGGGAAACUGCCCAGACCGAAACAGGCAGUUUUCUUAGUGGACAACACCCUGAGCCUUCGACUUAAAGGUCUAAUCCGCAAAGCAGUGGAGCAAUGGUAGCCGGUAACCGAUAAUAGGUUGAUAUGCCAUUUGUUCCCUCAGAAUCCUGUAGUCCAUGUGCAGUAUUGGUUUGUAGUCAGUGUUUUCCGAUUCCCCUAAGUGGAUCCUCCGUGUCUACCGAUCCAGUUAAAGCGUCGGACAUACUUUUUUCGUUCUCUCGAUUUCGUAAACAAUACCCUCUUCACACGAAGUCAGUGAUUAGGACUUCCCUAUCAGUGGCUGUAUACGUGUGGCCAUGUGAACGCAUUUUGAGAUGGAGAUUUUCCAGAUAGUGUGUGCGUGUGUGAAAACCAUAUUUAGCAAAUUAUUAAGUACUUCGAAUAUGAUCAAAUUAAUUUCUCAAUGUAAGAGUUAGAUUCUGUUAGAUAUUGAUAACUAACGAGAAUCUUCAACUGACCCAUUAUUAUGAUGUAUACUAAACAUGAAUUUGUUUAGACAUACCUUUGCUGCUCAUUUAUUGUAUUGGGUUUAUGUCUUCAUUACUUAAGGUGAAAUGAGUAUAGACAAUGUUCCUUUUCUAUGUAAUCCAUUUGAUGAAAGGUGAACACGGAAAUGUGCUUGAUGAAUAAGUUACAUUACAGGUGACUUUCAUGACCAUUGGACAAUUCAGGGAUGAUGAAUGAUAAUUAAGGCAAAUACAUCUGAUUGUGUAACUACAAUCAUCUGACACCAAAGUCGUCUUUCUAUUAUUGAAACGUGACUGUCCACCAAUUUACAAUUUAGUUCUAAGUGUCUAGUACAUCACUUGUUGAGAUGGUGAAGAUAAUAUCGUUGGGAAGAAGGAUGAAAUCUCCACGACCAAACGAUCCAUCUCAGAGAAGAAAACUCCAUCAAGAUCACUUGUUCGUGAGAAAUUAGAAAAGAAAUAAUGAUUGUUAGAUAGUAACUCGAAGAAUUAUGGUCUGUGGAACACUGUCUUUGUGCAUAUCUCAUUUCAAUCAAUUAUUACUAUGAGUUUUAUAGAUUUUGAGAAGGAUGUUGUAAAAUGGUUCGAUGAUUGCUUAUAGUAUUUCAUUGUUCACUUAAAAAUCUGUAACAUAUAUAGACCAAUUGAUUAAGUUGCACUCAAAUUGUAAUUGACUUUUGAGAUAUCACAUGUUCUUCGAUUGACUUUUCUAUCUAAUGUGACCUAGUAAGUAUAUCUUUUUUCUAUUCAUGAUAUGGAAUACAUGCUGCAGAACAAAAAGUGCACUGAUUAAAGUGACCACUAUUUGUAAAAACAAAAUUGAAAAUGUAUUAAAUUAGCGGAGAGAGCGAGACUGAAGGCCCUGGGUUCGAGUCCCGCGAGCGGGAUCGUGGAUGCGCGCUGCUGACGAGUCCCACAAUAGGACGAAACGGCCGUUCAGUGCUUCCAGAUUUUCAACGGUGGUCUAACAUCAAUCGGUUCAUAAUCUCAGUCAAAAACUUAAUCUUUACAACCUCUCUACCAGAGAAGAAAAGACCGAGAUCAUUAAGAACCACAAAAUUUACGUGCUCUAAAAUCUCAUCAGUAAAUGCGUCAUUGCGAUAAACAAUGAGUUGUAUCAUUUUAAAGAAAAUAUCCACUUCACUAUCGUGAAUACUAAGGAAUCCAUGAUCUGAUAUCAUUAUAGACAUCAUUUAAAACCUUAUUUCUUAAAAUCCAUGAUUGUAGGAAGGUGAUGAAUUGUCAUGUGUACGAGUGUUGAUCAUCUUGACUACUUGAAGUCGUGUAUACUCACCACUUGAUAAAGUGACUCACGUUUGUUAUGUGAAAUGCCCUUCUUGAUGAAUGUAUAUAUAUAUUGUUGAAAUAGUGGCUUUCACUUCAUAUGUAAUAGUUAUUGGUUAGUAUUGUUGGAUUGUGUGUUUUGUUGUUGAGGUUGUCCGUUAUCAAUGUUAUCAGUCCUAGUUUACCAACCUACUCUUUAUUCAGUAUACCAUUAAUAAAGUAUCUCUUUAUGAGUUUAUUAAAGGAAUUGAUAUGAAAACUAUAUGAUUCAUGCCUUGUGUAAUAUCUAUGCUUGGAAGUGAUGACCUAAAAUGUUUAACACUGUAAUUUUUGAGAACUAUGUAACGGUAUUCCUGUUUCAUAACUUAUGUAACUACGAAGAGUUUUCAGUAUAGGGUUGUGGAGAUUAUUAAGUUUUUGAUUGAGAUCAUGAAUCAAUUGAUGUUAGACAACCUUGAAAACGUGGAAUCACUGGACGGUCGUUUCGUCUUAGUAUGGGACUCCUCAACAGUGCGUAUUGGUCGAUUCAUGAUCAAAAACUUAAUAAUCUCCACAACCUUAUGCUGAUAAUUACCAUGUGCUCACUAGUGACUGGCUUCGUGAAGGAAUUCUCGUAGUUCUAGUGAGAAGCUGUGACCAGUGGAGAUAAUCCGUGUCGGGUAGAGACAGGUACCUACCUCGGUACAAUGGAUGAUGGUCGCGCGAUUUCGUGGAUUGGGUGAGUUUAGACAUUAACACCAUUAGAUUGCCGACUCAGUGAUCUAGAGGUUAAGCGUUCGCGCGGGAUUGAAGGCCCUGGGUUUGAAUCCCGCGAGUGGGGUCGUAGAUGCUCACUGUUGAGGAGUCUCAAACUAGGAUGGAACGACCGUCCAGUGCUUCCAGGUUUUCAAUGAUGGUCUAACAUCAAUCGGUUCAUGAUCUCAAUCGAAGAAUUUUCAGUCAGUUUUAUCCCGAAUCAGAAAACAGUCUUUUUAAGUGACUUAUUUGUGUGAAAAAGACAAUAAUAUUACAAAGAAUUUUCAAUAGAUUUUUCUGCUUAUGAAAGCAUAUGAAUUCGUCUUUAUGGAUAUGGAUUAUUGAUCCUUUCCAAUCCUUAUAACGACCCGUAUAGAUUUUAACGAGUCCACAUAUUGUUCUUGGUUAGGGUUAGUUAUUUAAGCUAAUGAUUAACGAUUUAAUGUUGGGAUUUAGGAACAGAGUCGAUUUAUCUGUUAGAUAUAGUUUAUAUAAGAAAAAGCCAAACAUUACUAGUUUUACUCUAUUUUGCCACGAACCAAUUUGUCGUUUUCAUUUUAAUCAUUUUAAGCAUUAUUUGAAAGUAUUAUUUAUAUAUUUAUUUGAAAACAUAAACAUUGGUACAAGGAGGCAUCAAAUAGAUAUGCGCCACAUAAAUCAUUCGAUUUAUGUGAGGACUAGGAUAUUGCCCGGGUACCAAGACCGAAGCAGGUGAUUUUCUUAGGGGAACACACCUGGAGCCUUCCACCUAAAGGUCUGAUCUAAAAGUCAGUGGAGCAACUUAAGGUGAUGCAGUCCCAUUGUAGUCGGUGACCAGUAAUUGGUUCAUACGCUAUUUGUUAGUUUCAGUUGGAAUCAGGGUUUUUCUACUUCCCUAGAUGAACCUUCCAUGUCCAUCAACACGGUGAAAACGCCGGAUAUUCGCUUUUCGUUCUCUCAAUUUCGUAAGAAACACCCCGGAAUCGAAAAGGUAGUGAGGGGGACCUCCCUGGGCGUGGUUGUAUACGCGUGGCCAUCUGAGAGUAUUUCGAUAGGUAGAACGGACUCUCCCCACUCUCGACCGUACCAGGGGAUAUAGCAAUGUAAACUGUGGUUUUAUUAACAAUGUCAAGUAAGUCAGUCUCAAGUUUGUCUGACUUUGAAAUCGAUUGACAAGGGAUUAUUCACAACGUUUUUCACUGUUCAAUAAACGUGUUGUAUGCAAUAGUUGCAGACAAUUUCCCAUUCAUUUAAUGGGUGGAUGUUGCAUAUCGGAGUGUGAUUUUAACAGAAAAAUUUCAUUUCAAGUGUCUGUAAAUGUACACAACUAUCUUUGUCCAUAUUAGUUUAAUGUAGUCCAAUAUUCCAGACGACUAUCAUAUGCAGCACAUACCCCCUAAGUAUGCGGCAAAUUUCCCGAAAACAUGCAACAUACUGAUUUGACAUUUAUAAUGUUGCAGAUAACAUCCCCGAUUAAUCGCACAAAGUCAAAUCAACAAACAUCGAUUGAUCGUUUCUAAAGUGAAUCAACACUCACAUUAGUCAGAAUGGUGGCUGAGUUCAUAUUUGUAAUUUUGCAACCCUUUAAAUUACGUACCUGUGAAGCAUCAUCGAUGAACAAGGAGAAUCUCAUGCAAACGUAAAGGUGAGGAUUGGCAAAACAAGAGCUGCAUUCCUACAAUUGAAUAACAUAUCGAACUCAAAACAACUGUCAACCAAUAUCAAAUUCACAAUCUUCAAUACGAACGUCAAGACAGUUCUGCUGUAUGGAGCUGAAACUUGGAGAACUAAUACAACCAUCAUGAAGAAGGUACAAGUAUUUAUAAAUAGCUGUCUACGUAAGAUACUCAACAUCCAUUGACCGGAUAUUGUCAGUAACAGCCUAUUGUGAGAGAGAACAAACCAGCUUUCAGCUGAAGAGGAAAUUGGGAAAAGACGAUUGAAAUUGAUAGGCUAUACAUUACGCAAAUCAUCAGACUACACCACGAGAUAAGCCCUGACUUGGAAUCCUGAAUGGAAUGUGAAAAGUGGAAGGCCAAAGAACAAAUUACAUUGGGAAAUAGAAUCAUAUAUGAAAAGGAUGAAUAACAACUGGAAAGAACUGGAAAGGAUUGCUGAAUACAGGGUUGGAUGAAGAGUGCUGAUGGCCGGUCUAUGCUCCUCUACGAAGAGUAACAGGUGUAAGUAAGUAAGUAAGUAAGUAAGUAGUAAGUAGUAAGUAAGUAAGUAAGUAA